AUGACCUCCUACAGUUCCACCGCCCAGACCGCCUCCUCCUACCGCCGCUCCUUCGGCCAUGGCGGCUACGCCUCCCCCUCCCUAAACCGCUCGCUGUUCGGCCACUCGGGCUCCGGAGGCGGCCACAUCGCCUCCAGGGUCUACGAGGUGACCAAGAGCAGCAACACACCGGGCUACUCCUACCGGGCCUCCUCGUCCUACGGCAAGCCCGUCAUCUCCUCCCGGGCGUCCGCCGGGCGCUCCUACGCCGGCAUGGGUGCCACACUGGACUUCAGCCUGGCUGACGCCCUCAACCAGGAGUUCCUCGCCACGCGCACCAACGAGAAGGUCGAGCUGCAGCAUCUGAACGACCGCUUCGCCAGCUACAUCGAGAAGGUGCGCUUCCUGGAGCAGCAGAAUGCCACGCUCACUGUGGAGAUCGAGAGGCUGCGCGGGCGCGAGCCCACCCGCAUCGCCGACCUGUACGAGGAGGAGAUGAGCGAGCUGAGGAGGCAGGUGGAGAUCGUCACCAACCAGAGGUCCCGCGCCGAGAUCGAGAGAGACAACCUGGCCGACGACCUGGACAAAGUCAAACUCCGGCUGCAAGAGGAGAUUCUUCAGAAGGAGGAAGCAGAGAACAAUCUUGCUGCUUUCAGGGCGGACGUGGAUGCAGCCACUCUGGCCCGUCUGGACUUGGAGAGACGUAUCGAGACUCUGCAGGAGGAGAUCACCUUCCUCAAGAAGAUCCAUGAGGAGGAGAUCCGAGAGCUGCAGGCCCAGAUGCAGGAGAGCCAGGUCCAGAUUCAGAUGGACCUCACCAAGCCAGACCUGACAGCGGCGCUGCGCGACAUCCGCACCCAGUAUGAGGGCAUCGCUGCCAAGAACAUCGCCGAGGCCGAGGACUGGUACAAGUCUAAGGUUUCUGACCUUAACCAGGCGGUGAGCAAGAACAACGAGGCUCUGAAGCAGGCCCGCCAGGAGACCAUGGAGUUCAGACACCAGAUCCAGUCCUACACCUGCGAGAUCGACUCCCUCAAAGGAACUAACGAGUCCCUGAUGAGGCAGAUGCGCGAGAUGGAGGACCGGCACGGGCGCGAAGCCGGUGGCUUCCAGGAGACCAUCACGCGCCUGGAGGCGGAGAUCGCCAACAUGAAGGACGAGAUGGCGCGCCACCUGCGCGAGUACCAGGACCUGCUCAACGUCAAGAUGGCCCUGGAUGUGGAAAUCGCCACCUAUAGGAAACUGUUGGAGGGGGAGGAGAGCAGGAUUGCCUUGCCGAUAUCAAGUUACGGCAACGUGAGCUUCCGUGAGACCAGCCCUGAGCACCAGCAGCGCUCCUCCGAGAUGCACUCCAAGAAAACCGUCCUCAUCAAGACCAUCGAGACCCGAGAUGGAGAGGUUGUCAGCGAGUCAACACAGCACCAGCAGGAUAUCAUGUAGAGAAUCCACAGCCUUCACAGAGGAAGAGGAAGAGGAACGAUGUGGGGGGGGGGAUAAUGAUAAUAAUAAUAAUAAUAAUAAUAAUAAACCUAACUAAAAACAGA